GUAAGUUGACCUUUGAACUCCUGGACACUGACCAUGAGCAGUCUGAUGAUCCAAUAGAAAUGGAGCGUUGGUAUGAGUAUGUAGAGAAGUACGUCUCCAAGGACGACACAGUGUCAGAAGACCUGAAAGAACACCUUAACCGUAAACCUGUCUUCUUACCCAGGAAUGUGAGACAGUGGCGACUUCACCAGAAGAAUCAGAAAUCUCGGUCAGACACGGAGACAGAGGAAAUCCCAGGGUCACCUAAACAAUCUACAGAGGAUAUGGACAUACUGGACAACACUGAGUGUAAAUUUAACGUCAACUCAUUCAAAAUCGUGUACGUUGUUAAUAGCGAGUACUACCUAUACAAACGGACAGCUCUCACCAAGGCAAGGGAGUCACACAAGAGGGUUUCCGUAAAGCUUCAUGACAAAUUCUCCACCUGGAUAAAUCGCUGGAGGGAAGAAAAUCUAACGGAAGAUCAGAGGUCAGGGUGCGAGGAUUGGCUUAUGGGACGUACUGAGGAUCUUGUGGCGUGCACCACCACAAAGGAGUCAUGUGGUGCCGAGGAUGCCACACCGUACUUCACCUAUAACAAAUACAAGGUGGAGUAUGAAUACGAGACCAAAAGUGAGGCAGGGGAACCAGCUGAACCCGUCAAAGAGACCACCAGUUAAGGAGGAUACUAUGAAGCUUCUUAUAACAACUUUAGUUUCAG